AUGGAAUCAGAACAAUUACUUGGCACUGGAGGUGCAGAUUCAAACAUUGAGUCCGGGGCACAUCUAUCUAUCAACGGACAAGCCCAGGAAGCCGUCGCGCUGAAGCUUGCCGCUGCAGCUUACUCCUUCGUAGUUGCUGGUCUCAUGGUGGCCACCAUCGGAGUUACACUACCACACCAGCAAACAUAUUACCAACUCAACGACAUCCAAGUAUCCGCUAUCUUCCUCGUUGGACCAGUUGGCUACUGCUUAGCCUCGCUUUACAACAGCCGCAUUCAUGAGAAACUCGGGCAACGCGGAAUCGCUUUCAUAGGCCCCGCAUGCCACCUGGUAUACGCAGUAAUAGGCUCCUUUCAUCCGCCGUUCCUAUUGUUUCUCUUAGGAGUGACUAUUGGUUCCUUCGGAGUGGGAAUAGUUGAUGGAUCCUGGUGUGCUUGGGUUGCUGCACUAAACAACGCAAACACCCUAUCGGGUCUGUUGCAUGGCUCGUUCUCUAUCGGAGCUGCUAUGGCCCCCUAUAUCGCAGGCGUCAUGCUGUCAGCGAAUGACGGACAGUGGUAUCAAUGGUUCUACGUUUUGGCUAUUGCAUCCGCUGUAGAAGUUGUCCUUUUGCCAUUAGCAUUCAGGCACGAAACUGCUGCGAGAUACCAUGAGAAAAAGAGGAAGCAGGCGAACCCCGAAGACGGAGUCGACCAGCGAGCCAUCUUCCGAUACACCGCGACCUGGAUAUACGCUGCCUACCUUUUGGCAUACGUGGGCACCGAGUGCACUGUCUCCGGCUGGGCUGUUGCGUUCAUGCUCCGCGUCCGCCAUGCCAGCACCUACGCCUCGAGCAUCUGCUCCUCGGGCUUUUGGGCAGGUAUGGCAGUCGGACGACUCGCUUUGGGGGCCGUCACAGAGAAGUUGACUCCCCGACGAGCAGUCAUCAUCUAUUUGGUACUCGCUCCCGCCAUCGUGGUGCUUUUCAUGAUAGUCCAGGUUCUCUGGGUCUCAGUACUGUCGAUGGCUCUGCUCGGUUUCGUCAUGGGUCCGCUAUUUCCAUCCUGUAUCGUCGAGUUCGUCCAUUACCUACCGAAAGAGCUGCAUGUUGGUGCGGUAUCGUUCGUGGCUUCUCUCGGUCAAAUCGGUGGUGGCAUAAUUCCAUACAUGCUCGGCGCUAUCACACAGGUAGCAGGUCUUCAGGUGUUUCCUUACAUGCUUCUUUCACAAUUUGCCAUCAUACUUCUCUUGUGGCUUAUAUCGUUUAAGGUAUCCGGAAAGAAACUACUCCAGGAAGAGCCUGGGCGACUGAGACAAGACUAG